CAGUAUAAAGUCUGACAGACGUUGUGACGGUAAUACAUUCAGCACGAGUUUCACAUACAAUCAAAAACGCGUGUGUUUCAUUAAAAAAUGAUGGAAGAAAAUUUUUACCCCGAAGGGAUGUUAGACAGAGAUCAAAGGACUGCUAAAAUAAGAUUAUGUCAGUGCAGUGAUAUUCAAGUGCCAAAAAGAACUAGAAGGAGAUAUGCUAGCAAUUGUCCAGCCAGUAUUAUUUGUAACAUCUUCAGUAUUAAUAAGAAGACAAAACUAUCCUAUCUAAUGUGUAAAAGGGGAUAUUUUAUACGUACAUUUCAACGUCUUAAACACGUCCUAUUAGUCUUAGUCUACCUCACGUUAAUAAAUCUGCCAGCAUCAUAUACGGCGCCAAUAAAAAGCAAAAUGUUUGGAAAAUGGUGGAACAAUCCCUGCGACAUAGAUACAUCUUUACUCCCUACAGAUAUUGCAGUCGAUGAUUUCCAAACUUGGAAUAUGGAUGACUUAAUAAACCAAGUUUAUAUUACUAGUUCAGAAGCAAAUCGCACCAAAGAAGAUUAUGCUCAGAAGACGUUUUCCAAAUCCUUCGACGAACUUUUCGUAGACCGAAGUUUCGGGUGGCUACCGGCAUUGCCCAAACAGUAUAAAGAAGAGGUUCCUGAGAAUGAAUUGAAAUCAAAAACGCCAAUCGAGCUCGUUAAGGAACUCUACCGUUAUCUCCAGGUCUAUGGUGUUGGUAUCGAUGUAGCCGCUAACGAAGCAACGCCUAACAGCGCCGACCAAGUCUUCUCGCAGAAGAGAGCCGAACUGAGAGCGUUGUUAUGCGAAUUUAACAGUUUCUUGACCGCCGUUAAAAUUCUUCCUUCGUGUGAUGUAACAGAAUCAAUAAUGCCAGAUCAUAUGAAGAGGAAUUUAGAUACGACAGGAAGAGAUACUAGAAACUAUAUCGUCUACAAGGAGUAUUUGAACUGUUUGGAGUACCUCGAUCAAGUGCUGAAGUAUUUGAAACUUCUACAAUCCAACAAAUAAAACAAAAUGAUACUACACCGUCUGAUGUUUUUAAAUAAUUGUACUUAUUAUACAGAAAAUAUUUUUACAAUAUUUUACUUGAUGUAAUUGUUUCGAAAAAAUUUCUUGGUAGCAUUUGAUUUUAACUAUUUUGAAAAUGCUACUCUUGUUAUAAAUAGGUAAUGAAUAAAAUCUUGUGAAAUUUUUUUAAACUAUGCAGGAACGUUUUUUACGAUUGACUAAUGUUUUCAAUAAAAAUUGUUCUUAAUACAAAAAUUACGUAUUGUAAUUUUUUUUUUAAAUGAUGAUCACAAAAUUCAAUAAAGUCGUUUGUUGUUAUUUGUACGACGAAUUGUUCCUGUUUAUAUGAAAAUUUAUAUAAAAAUCUUGUAUUGUAAGUAUUCUUGUUAACACAGUUGUCCGAUGUUUUUUUUUUGUGAAAAUUUGGCAGCUAUGUAAAAAAUUUCCAGUUCUUCAAACAGACUCGCCUAACAGUGUCCAACUUUUAUUUAUUUUUUUUAUAUAUAUAAUAUAUAUAUUUGUAGUUUUAUCCGAGGUAUUAUCUAAUUAAUUAAUUUAUUCCUAUCCUAAGUUUAUUUAUUAAUAACUUGUAAGCUGCACAUAUUUUAUUUAUUUAUUUUAAUAUAAUAAAUCAACAUCGAUUUUUUUUAAUUCUAUGACUGAAAUUUUUGAAAUUGGUAAUUUUUAAAUAUAACUGUGAUAUGAUUGAUACAUAGCACUACAAUAAAAUUUGAUUUUUCCGAA